AUGGCAACUAAAGUAUGAACUUCGUAGGUGCAAGCAAUUUAUUCCAUAAUGUUUUCGUUUCGUCGGAAUUAUUGCUUUGUUUCGUUAUUGUAUUUUAUGCUGGUCAUACCAGCCUUUACUAAAAAUGAAAGAGUGACGCUCAUUGAAGUCGGUAAAUUAGAGAAAACAUCUAAUAAACGUUUGACAGCUGGUGAUCAUUCGAGCGGAACGACCAAAAUAAAGGAUAUUGAUGGGAGGUUUUGGGGUAAAUUGCUUGAUGUAGGACGUGAGGACAACGUUGAUGGAAGGCUUCAUCUGCUCCCCUGCAACUGCAUUGAAGAUGAGAGCAGUGUGGCACGACUCCCUAGUGGAUGGGUCGCUGUUCUUAACUACACAGAUCUGAGUGUCUGCACAGUAACUGCAGGCGAGUGUCCGGGUGUCAUGGACAGGAUGAAGAAGGCCCUGUUUUUUGGAGCGUCAGCAAUCAUAAUACUAGCCAUGAAUCCAAAAUUUAUAAAAGAAAUUGAUGUGAGCCAGCUGUUCUCAAAGCCUGUGGUCCUGGUGGAUAUUGCAGAAAACAUCACCAACAUAUUGCAUUUACUCAAAAGCAAAAUGAAGAUGAAAGCAAGAUUUUUGUACAACAUUUCUCAAAAUAUAGCAGAUUCUCAGAAGUAUUAUACAACUGUGACGUUGUGGGGUACGUGUGGCCGGUAUAGCGGGCGGAGUUACCAUGAAUGGGACGGAGUUGUCUGUAUGGGACAGCACGAGGCUCCUAGGAACAAGGAUGGCAAGGUAGAUGUAGAGCAUUUCUGGAACUAUUUCUACACAGCGGUGUUGGUGCUGAUGAUGAUCCACUAUAUAAGGACACGGCGGGAACAGGCCUGGGAAAACCCAGACUAUAUAGAUGAAACAUUGCGAGAGUUAGCGUACAGAGCCCUGGCUGUGAUGAAGAUAAAAAGAUAUACUAAGGAGGGGACCAACGAUUCGUGUGCAAUAUGUCUGGAGAAGUUUUACCUCAAACAGAAACUGCGUGUUCUGCCGUGCAGCCACUUCUUCCACACCAAGUGUGUUGACCCCUGGUUGGUGAGGAACCAUACAUGCCCCCUGUGUAAACUCAACAUUAUAGAAAAACUUGAAAGUUGACCAGAACAUGACUGACUCUGCCUCCCAUCUUGGUUAGAACAGACAGGAAAUACCCAGCAUACAGUGGACCAAUCAAGUGCUAUUUAAAACAAGCCUUGAAUUGAUCAUAUGAAUUCUGUUGAAGAAAUAUUAUUCUACAUAGUCUUAGUCAAGUGCUAGUACAUAAACACCUUUGUUAAGCUUUCAAUUUUGUGGUAUAUCUUUAUUAUUAUGUCAAUUUUGAUCGUUUUAUAUUGUUGCUGUCUGAUAUCAUAAUGGGCAUGAUAUUCUGUUUUUCAGAUAGAAUACAAAACAUUUCCCUUAAAAUUUUAAUUUGAAUCUCAGAUCUUUUCAACAUAAGAUUACAGUUAUUGUUCUAUUACUUAAUUUUAUUUCUUGAUGUAAAUCUUGAAGGGGGAGAAACAAAAUGGUUGUGUUCAUUUAAUUGUUGAUAAGACUGUUUUCAGAUUCUCCCCUUGUUAUUUAGCAUGUUAAACGUUAAAAGAUAUUUGUUAAUUGGUGACUGUUAGAACUUUUUUAUACAUGGUGCUAUGUUAAAUAGGAUUUCGUUGUCAGAAGUUUCAAGUUCAUGUAUAAUUUCAGUAUUUUGAGAUGAACAAUAACUGCUAUAAAAACUCUAUAAAGCAGGUUUUCUUCCUUUUAAAAUCUUGUUGUUAAAACAAGACACGUAAGUACAAAUACAUGUAUUAUAGUGAUUUAAAUAUUUCCGAUAUACUGAUUAUUUUAUACACUUUGUUUCCAAGUUAACCCUAUGUCUCCAAAAACAUGGUCAUCAGUCAGUUGAAAACAGCAUGGUAACAAGGCCGCUGUGUACUGAAGAGCUAGUUUGUUUGUACCUUCAUAACAGCCACUUCAAACACUCAGUUUAAUACCUUUAUACAUUUGAGUUAGUCAAUGCAUCAUUCUUGAGACAAUUUAAUUGGCUGAUUGAAGUGAAACAUUUGCACACUGAACAUGUGUGUAUGCUGUGCGAGGAUAUGAGCCCGCCUCUUCCGUAGUUAUUUCCUAGUGAUAAGUAAAAGAAUAUGCAACAAAAAACGCCGUCAAUUUCCUCGUGUGUCGAGUCGGUUGACUGAUUAUAGAUGUAUCACUUUAUAUUAAAUCAACAUGGUGAAUUUGUGCGGAGCAAAAGCUACAAUCAUUCUGUAUGCUUCAAAACCGUGAUAUGCUUAGUUCAUUGGCAAACAGUGGUACAUGUACCCGUAAACCAAACAUACAUGAACUUGUAUACUUUUUAUUACUACAGCAUUUUAGCAAUUAUAUUAUGAGAAAAAAAAACUGCGAUUUUAUAUCCCCCUUUUUAUGCCCCCACAAAGUGGCGGCAUAUAGGGUUGCCCUUGUCCGUACGUACGUCUGUCUGUCUGUAUGUACGUACGUCCCGAAGAUUGUUUCCGAUCUAAUUCUUGAAAACCGUUUGUCCAAUCCUCACCAAACUUUAAACACAUGUUUGUGACCAUAAUAUCUUGAUCAAGUUCCUUAGCCAUGGAAAUCGCUUUUGUCAUUUAGGAGUUACGGCCCUUUAUUUGCAAAACAAGACUUGAAAAAUACGUCCCGAAGAUUGUUUCCGAUCUAAUUCUUGAAAACUGUUUGUCCAAUCCUCACCAAACUUUAAACACAUGUUUGUGACCAUAAUAUCUUGAUCAAGUUCGAUAGUCAUGGAAAUCGCUUUAGUCAUUUAGGAGUUACGGCCCUUUUUUGCCAAAAAUACUUCAAAAAUAUAUGUUUCCAAUCUAAUUCUUGAAAAGUAUGUGUCCAAUCCUCACCAAACUUUACAUACAUGAUUGUGACCAUAAUAUCUUGAUCAAGUUCGAUAGCCAUGGAAAUCGCUUUAAUCAUUUAGGAGUUAGGGCCCUUUAUUUCCCAACAAUACUUAAAAAAUAUCUUAUCCGAUCUAAUUUUUGAAAAGGAUUUGCCCUUGUCCUUACGUACGUACCAAACUUUUCACAACUUUACACACAUUUUCAGGAGCAUAUAUCCAUUAUGCUUUAGUAUCCUAUAUGUGCAGAUUAUCCUAUAUAAUUAUUAAGGCUUAUUUUCUGUGACAAAAAAUCGAAGUGGGGGCAUCCGUGUCCUAUGGACACAUUUCUAGUUUUAAAUGUAAUUCAAUCCACAAUACCUCUGGUUACGUUAAAUUUAUAUAUGUCUAGAAGUCUUGUGGUGGUUUUAUCAAGGAUCUUACUAGCCUAGGAGAAAUUUCCAACAUUGUAGUACCACUGUUGAAACAGUCUGGUAGAUAAGGUUCAAAAUCCCUCCUUCAACUCUGGAUGAACUGUUCCAAGGUCUUUGGUCAAUUCUGGAUGAACCUUUCCAAGGUCUUUGGUCAAUUCUGGAUGAACCGUUCCAAGGUCUUUGGCCAAUUCUGGAUGAACCGUUCAAAGGUCUUUGGUCAAUUCUGGAUGAACCGUUCCAAGGUCUUUGGUCAAUUCGGGAUGAACCAUUCCAAGGUCUUUGGUCAAUUCGGGAUCAACCAUUCCAAGGUCUUUGGUCAAUUCGGGAUCAACCAUUCCAAGGUCUUUGGUCAAUUCGGGAUCAACCAUUCCAAGGUCUUUGGUCAAUUCGGGAUCAACCAUUCCAAGGUCUUUGGUCAAUUCGGGAUGAACCAUUCCAAGGUCUUUGGUCAAUUCGGGAUGAACCAUUCCAAGGUCUUUGGUCAAUUCGGGAUGAACCAUUCCAAGGUCUUUGGUCAAUUCGGGAUGAACCAUUCCAAGGUCUUUGGUCAAUUCGGGAUCAACCGUUCCAAGGUCUUUGUUGAUACUGCCCUUGACAGAAUAUAUCUUUUAUUGCCUCAUUUUUAUGUUUGUUUUUACAUUUUGUUGUUAAAUAUUUGUGUUCCAUGAAUAAAAAUUGUCAUACCUG